AUGGAAACAUAUUACGGGCACGUACGAACGCCAGGAGAUGCCAUUCUUCUCUUCGAGGCAUGCAGGAUCGGUCUGUUGCCUAGAGUACAGCGCCGACUCUCUGAAAAGGAAAGGCUCUCGAUCAAGUCUGGCUCGGUCUUCGUUUGGGACGAGCGUGAGGCUGGUAUGAGACGCUGGACAGACGGAAAAUCAUGGAGCGCCAGUCGCGUGUCAGGCAGCUUCCUAACAUACCGCGAGAUGGAGGGCAAGCGUGGUGGCAGCACCUUCGGCGCCGCUCCCAAAGCGCCUGCUGCUAAAGACCACGACGGCUCAGACGAUGGCCCCGACGGUUACCGCUACAAGCCCGAUGGUCUGAUCAAGCAAUCGUUUAGCAUCACUACCUCCAACGGCCAGCACCUACAUCUCAUUAGCUACUUCGCCCGCUCUACCGCCGUCUCGCAAAACCUGCAACAGCCUUCCAGCGAUCCUCAGCUGCGUCACAUCCGACCCGAGAAGGGCAUGUAUCCCGAGUCGACAGUUCACGAGCAGAACGCCAUCCCCGCCGUCACAAGAGGUCCUAUGACCAGUCCGGCCUUUACAAAUGCUCCUCACCAGUCUCCUGGCAUUGGCGCUCCCCACUACCCUCCGAGACCGCAAUACACUCAUGGUCCCAUGUCUUAUGGUCCCCCCGGCUGGGCUCCUCCAAGCCCCAUGCACACUCCCCCGCCGCACUACUCACCA